AUGAGGGCUUCUCAGCUUAACGCCAUCCGCAUCUCCAUGGCAGCCCGGCACGGCUGGCCGCUGCGAGUGUCCACCUGCGCUCUGCCCGACAGUGCUGGAGCUGUCAAGGUUUGCACUGAGCACGGAUAUCUUCCUGUUUGCGUUGAAAAUGACACCGCCGGCCUGGCAAACCCACCUCUGCCGGCAGAGGAGUUGGACCUAACGGUCCCUGGCAUGGCCUUUGUGUUUGGAGCCGAAGACACUGGCGUCCCUUUUGAGGUCGCGGAGGCUUGUGCCCAGUUCAUUUCGAUCCCCUGCCGGGGCAAGGGCUCCCUGAACAUCUCACACGCGGUUGCCUUG